AUGAGCAUAGAAGCUUUUGAUUUUGAUGAGAGUUCAUGCGGCAGAACACAAAAGUAUGAGGAGCUCGUAAAAGCUCCAUUUGGAUACAUCAAAGGCAAUACCAAGGGCAAGAGUAUGCGUAAGAAGCUGAUGGAGACGUAUAAUUUACUCUUGAAUGUUCCCCGGUCUCGCCUCAGCAAAUUGGAGGAGUUAGUUAAUCUCUUGCAUUUGUCAUCUUUACUGAUAGAUGAUGUUGAAGAUAGCUCAGAUAUGAGACGAGGAAAGCCAUGUGCACACAAGAUAUUUGGAUCAGCCUCAGCAGUCAACUGUUCAGGGUUUAUGUAUUUCAAAGCUUUAGAGCUUGCAACGGAGAUCUUCAAUUAUGACGGAGAGAAAAGGGAAAAAGCUGUCAGUAUUUUCAUGGAGGAACUUCUGAACUUACACUACGGUCAGGGGUUGGAUCUAUAUUGGAGGGAUAACUUUAUUUGUCCAACUGAGCAAGAAUAUGUGAUGAUGGUGUGGAACAAAACAGGCGGCUUAUUUCGGCUUUCUACGAGACUUAUGGAACUUGCUUCAGGAGAAAGUGUUCCUGAUCUUGUGAAAUUAAGUAAUCUUCUAGGAGUUUUAUAUCAGAUUAAAGAUGACUAUCUCAAUCUUAAGAGCUCUGAGUACCGGAGCAAGAAGGGCUUUUGCGAAGACAUAACGGAAGGUAAAUUUUCUUUUCCGGUUGUUUAUUCGAUUACAACAUGUAGGAAGAGUGCUGAUCUACAAAGCGAGGCACAGGAAUUGAUAGAUAUACUUCGGCUUCGUACGAAAGAUACCGAGUUAAAAGUGCACUGUGUUGAGAUAAUGGAACGUGUGGGUGCUCUAGAUCAUUCUCUAAAUAUAAUUCACAAGCUUCAGAAGAAAGCUGAUACUCUUGUUUCAAGCAUAAUGGAUAAAAAUCAGUGCGAUGAAGUGACUAUUGCAGCCUUUAAUGCUAUAAUGAAGAAGUUGGGUGAGGUCUGA